GUGAAUAUUUACAAUCCAAAACUCCUAACGUUGAAGAGUCAUUGUUGACACCGGUGUCCGACCCAACUUAGAAAGUCAUGUCGUUAGUGGAAUAUGCUCUCCAGGCCACUCUAGGGGCCAAUGAGCCUUGGCCUGAUGAUGUGGUGUUGUUCCAGCAGUAUCAAGUGGAACAGAUAACAUUACCAGAUUAUGCCCAAGUUCUGGCUGUGGAGACUUUUUUACACAUGUGUGGACUUAAAUUCAGGGUGGAGCAAAGAACUAAUGCAGAAGAAAUGUCUCCUUCUGGAAAAGUUCCAUUCAUUCAAGUUGGUCCAUAUCUUGUGUCAGAGUUUGAACCAGUGGUGGGCUUUGUCAAUACAAAAGGUUUCACAUUGACCAAAAACAUGAGUGAAACAGAUAGAUCUGAGAUGAGAGCUUACAUGUCAAUGAUUGAUAGCAUCAUGGGUAACGCAGAGUUGUACAUGGCAUGGCUGAAUCCUGACAUAGCUAGUGAGGUCACAAAGCCACGCUAUGGAUGUUCAUAUCCUUGGCCUUUAAAUUGGGUUUUGCCUUGGCGUAAGCAAAGGGAAGUCAAAGCUAAGUUGAAAGCCAAUGACUGGGCGUAUAAAUCAAUCGAAGAGGUUUGUGAAGAAGUUAAGAUCUGCUGUCUUGCCCUUUCCGAGCGCUUAGAGAAAAAGUCUUUCUUUUUUGGUGACAGCCCAACAGAGUUGGAUGCCAUGGUGUUUGGUCAUCUAUUCACCAUCCUGACCACAAUACUUCCUGGAGGUCACUUCACAUCAGUCGUAAAAGAGUUCUCUAACCUGGCUCAGUUCUGUACACGCAUCGAAGAUAAAUAUUUCAAGCUAGGUUUUGAACAGUAGCAAACUCCAUGCUCUUGUCAUCCCUUUGUGAUCUGCUUGUAAAGAAUUUUAAGUUAAAUGAAAAUAAAAUUUUUACUAAUUUAUUGUUUACGUGAUCUCAGAUCAAGAUCCUUUUUUCUUUGUGACAGUUGAUAAGAUUUAUAUAUCUGCAUUUAAUACAAAAGGUACUGGAUCUAGAUCUGUAUCUCAGUUUAGUUAAAGCUUGGGUCAAUAAAAAAAACACAUAACAAAAGUUAGUCUCAUUUUUACACAUUCUCUUUCAUAUUGUUGUUACAUAAAUAUUGGCAGUUCAUUUGUUUCAUUAUUAUACUAAAGAGGUCAUCAUCUUAUUGACAUUUAGACUAAAGACAUAUUAAUAAUAAUAGAAACAAUAAUCUUUAUUAUCCAUGAGGAGAUUUUCCUUACAAUUGUGCAUUGCACAUUAUAUGAGAAAAUGAAUUAUAUGGAAGCGCGUGGUUAAUUCACUGCUGUGUUGAUAGCUUAGAAUGUUAUUAUAACAAAAUCAUUUUAUUUAGUAACUUUAAAGUUAGUAGAGUAUUAAAGAAAAGUAUUUCCUGUUGGACGUCUUGCUGGUCAGCUGAUUGUGUGCUGUCUAGCGUGACAUAGUCCACUCGUUCUGAUUUAGCUUAUACACUGAAAUGUGACAAUGUUCAAUAGCCCAUUGCAUGAUGUUAAGUUCUCAUUGGACUUUGUAGUUCACUAAAAUCAUGAUCAAUUUUAUUUUAUAAGUGAAAAUUUUUUUAACUUUUAUUUUUUAUAUUAGUGGGUCUUUUUUUUCUUUCUGAGACAGUUUGUCAUCCUAAAGACCCACUGGCAGCAUGUGACGACCAUUUAACUAGUCUUAAAAAGUGUAAUGUCUCAGGAAUGUGCAUUAAUUAUUUAUAAAAAUUGCCUAUUUUCUAGUUACUAAAUUUAGUUUGAUUGCAUUUUAUUAUAUUUCUUAGCUUAGUUAGAAUUAGAAGCAUGAAAUAUAGACUUAGAUUUAAACAAGAUGAUACAGACUUCAAAUAUUUCAGUAAUUGAAUUUGUAAUGAUUAUAGGAAUGCUCUAUCUUCUUCUGGACAGCAGUCAGUGGUCAAACAAGGUCAAAUUUCCUUCCUCGUUUGUCCAGCCCUACCAUACAGAAUGUUGGCUAAGCUUUGAUGAUAAGUUUCAUUAAGUUUUGAGAGUGGGGAUAAUUUGUCAAAUAAAAAAUUGUUUCAUGUCCCUGUUUAACUGGAUAAACUUUUCAGUUUUAAAUAAUAAUAAGUCUUGUCUUUGAUUCCAAAGAUUAAUGAUGAAUGCAGUAUUUCCUUUGGCCAGUCAGGCCCACCUGUGACUGACAUAUUUUUCCACAUCCAGGGCAAGCAUAACCAUUGUCCGCCAGUGGUCAAUUAAGAUUUUCUUUUCGUCGUCUACGUCUAUCCUCGGCAGAGGAUUUUCUUUUGGUCUCAAAUGUAUAUUAACACUCUGAUGUGGCAGUGAUAACUAUUUUGUAUGGCAGUGGGGAACAGUAAAAAAAAAAGCAUUUCUUUUCCAUGACAUGUGGCAGUGGUUCAUUCUUGCUUGAGCUUUUUAAAAUUUGUAUUACAUUUGGGGCCCAAACUAAAGGAAUAAGCCUAAUAAUGCCCUUCUUUAUUCCUGUACCAUAUUGCUUAUCUUUUUAAAUGCCCCAAAUAAUCUAUCCUUUUUGUUUCCUGAACCAAGAUAUCCAACAUCUUUUAUGGCAGUGCUGAGCAGAUGAAAAAUUUAGUAGAUGGCAGUGACUGCUAAGAUCUUAGAUUUCAGGCAGCUAAAUGUUAGUUAGAAGAAAGAUUAAUUUCUAGAAAUUUUCUUACUUUUAAAUUUUGAGCACUCGACAAGUGACAGAAUUGAAAUGUAUUGAGUUGUAUUGAAAUAAGGAAUAAUUGAAAUAAUAUGUAUGAAUCUUUCUUCAUACCAUCAUUAGCAAAUCGUUGUGAAAAGUUUUAACAUUUGUUUCCAUUGAUUGACUAUGUUCAUAUCAUUUUAUCUAACUUAUUAAAUACUUGGUGAACUUAGUGACUUA